AAAAUAAAUGAUUGAAGCUAUUGUGCUGGUUUGUGACAUUGGCUGUACGUUAGAUGCUCAGUCACUCGACCAGUUGAAACAAGUAUCGAUUGCGUUCUUCUUAAGAUGUCUUACUUAUGGCUCUUGGAGACAAUUAUUUGGUCUUGUUUUUAUGGGUUCCAGAGAACCUGACAAUCACUUGCAUAACUUAUUAGGAGGAUAUACGCAUAUAAAGACAGUAGUUGUUCCCGAACGGCCAGAUAUUUCUUUGGUCAAGUAUUUUUACCAGUGCCAGUUACAAGGAGGAUUGAGUGACUAUAUCGACGCCAUUUGUGUUUCAUCGGAUCUUUUAAUUAGUGCAGUAAAUAAGAAGAAACUACAGCCAAGAAUAGUUUUAAUAACGGAUGGCAAGGCCGAGCAAUUUUUUACUCAACAAGUGGAAGAGAUUUUGCCUGCUUUGAAGGAACGUAGUAUUCGUCUUGACGUGAUUGGAAUCGACGACUUUUUAGAAGACAAAAUGUCUCACUCAGUACAAAUAUCAAAUGCUGCUUUAUUAUGUCGAUUAACAGAUAGCUUAGAUGGAACUGCUUUAUCCUUUAAAGUUUCUAUGGAGCAAUUGAGCGAACCGAUAGUGAAGCCAUUUUCACUUCGUACAAAUUAUUCUGGAAUGCUACAAAUUUCCUCAGUUCAGUUUCCUGUUCGACUUUAUACAUAUUGCAGAGACUUCAAGCCUCCUACUGGAAAUCGCAUAUUUUGGUCAGAAAGUAUGGAAUCUGGAAAGCAAGUACUUUGUGUGAAGGAAACGCAUUACUUUUCGGUACAAGAAGAUCGCGAAUUAGAACCGGAAGAAAUGAUUGAAGGUCACUUUUAUGGUCGCUCUUUGAUUCCUGUUUCUCCUUUUGACUUGCCUGCACUUUCUUAUGGUGCACCUAAAUGUCUCAAAGUGCUGGGUUUCUUUGCCAAAAAGGAUUUUUCUCAGCAUAUAUUGAUGUCUGGUGUUGACGUGAUGAUUCCUGAUCCAAACGAUGAAAUAUCUAUUACUUAUUUUGUUUCUUUAACUGAGGCAAUGUUAGAAAUGGAUCGAGUGGCCUUGUGUCGAUAUGUUCGAAGAGAUAAUACUUCACCCGCUUUGAUGUUAAUGUGGCCUCAUUUGAAAAGCGACGGUAUUCUUUGUUUAUUUUUAUGUCAAUUACCUGUUUUGGAAGACAUUCGUAACCAUACAUUUCCAUCUUUACAUUCUUUAGCAGAUAAUGUCGAUAUGGAACAAGUGGAAGCAAUACGGAACUGGAUUGCUUCGAGACAGUUGAAAGACACAUUUCAAUCUACAAAAGUAUUUCAUUAUUAUCACCAAAGACUACUCCAAUGUCUGCAAGAUCGUGCGAUAUAUCAAACACUGCACAAUGAUGAGAAAAGCUCACUUCCUCCGUUAUCUCCGUAUUUAGAACGAGUUUUGGAAAAUACCAAUUUCUUGACUUGUGGCCGAGACUCUGAAUCAACCAAGCAACUUUGGAAAUAUUUUCCAUUGAGAAAAGUUGACAAACCAAAAAGAAGGAAACAAAGGACAAUGAAUAUGCCAUCCCCUCAUGAAAUUUCUAUUGAGCCUUAUCUUCCUCCAAAUGCUUGGUCUGAUGUGAAUGAGUCUUUUGAGGAAUAUACAAAAGAAGAACCUAUUGAAGAAACUAUCUUUGCAGAGAAAAGUAAAGUAGGAGAAGCUACUCCAGUUGCAGACUUUGAGAAUAUGUUGUCCAAUAAGAGACAUGAUUGGCUAGAUGAAGCUAUGAAACAAAUGCAAGAUAUUAUCGAACGUCUUUUUUCAGAGGAACUUGACCAACAAAGAGAUGAUAAGAUUAUCCAUUGUCUUACUGCCUUUCGAAAGAGAUGUAUAAUGGAAGGGGAAGAGUUGAGAUAUAAUCGACUGUUGUCGGAUAUUAUAAGGAAAGCAAAUCAAGGAGAUAUAUCCAUCCAUACUAUCAUAGAAAGAAAAGCUACAUUAUUUCAUCAUCUUUCUACUAGUGGCAAAGAACAGAUAUCUUCAACAAAUUAUGCAGAAAAAGAGGAACUUGAGAAGCAGUUGAAAAAGCUUAUUUCUGGACUUUCGCCAUGAGCAUAUUUUACUCUUCCAAGUCCCUUAAGAAUUAGGAACAUCUUGCAAUUGACGAAGAAUAUAAUCUAACGCUUCUUCACUGGCCAAAACUCCUUGUUUUUCCACUCGAUGCCAUUUACAACUAUCCAAUUCUAAAUGUUCCAAUACCUUAGGAUGAGAAAUAUUCACCACGACAACCUCUCCACAUUCAUAUGCAAGUUUCAAGUCAUUAUCAUCAUCCAUCCUUU